AUGUUCGAUGAGGGUCAGCUGGUGCGGGCUUGCGGCCAAAGCCCCAUUCUGAGAGAGAAGUACGUCCAGAGCGUGGUCGGCUGCCCGUCUGCGGAUGCACUCCCACGACACCCUCCAGGAGACGACGAGGAAGUCAGCUCCAUCCUCCAGCACUCGAGGUCAUACUACUACGAUCGGCUCAUCGUCACAGAAGAUCAGUUGCGAGCUCUGACCAAGCUUCCACAUCUGACGCCCUCAAUUUUGAAAAAGAUGGAGCCUCACCUGGCAUGGGGCGUCGACGAGCACGGGAAGUUCAGGAGGUUUUACAGGAUCAUCGACGACAUGGCCGAUAAUAAGAACUCGGGGCUCAGGCGUGAACGCGUCAGCUGGACGCUGACGAACUCCCAGGAGCGCAAGUUGUUGGUAUUGCAGAACAGUCUUGUCCAGGGUCAGGGAUCUGCCAUCUUCGAGUGGGCGGCCAACUCAGACUCCAGGAUGCUCAACGAGAGCCAGGCGUUGGACGCCCCCACGCUCAGCGCAGUGAUUGGCCUGGGCCAGAAAAAGAGCGCGGGCAAGAAGGCUGCAGAUGGAAGUGCAGGUUCUCCGAAGGUGCCGAGUUCGAGGAUUUCUUCAGCGGCGUCAGAUGACGGCGCGGUCAGCGCGGCGGAGUUGCUGAAGAUUUGCCCGCCUGAUGUACCAGGCAAGUGCGAGUGUUGGAUUCAGAAGAACGACCUAUUUCAACAUCUGAUGGAUGCCAAACUGAAGAACUGCAUCAAGGAGGCCAAGAAUUUACUCGAGAAGAUUCAAGGCAAAAGUGAGUAUGCUGCGAACUACUCAAGUCUCAACGCACACAUGAAUAACGUGAAGACCGUCCUCGCCGUCACGCAGCAAAACAUCAAAGAUGGGUUGGUGACCGACGAUAUGCUUCAAAGGGGGCUGAGGCCGAUAGUGGCCAUCCCGAACGGGCCUGAGUCUUUGGACCCCACCUACAUGUUUGCGAUCGUCGCUCGAAAGGUGAACGGCACCAUCCCAGAGAAUUCGAAGCUCACUGUGGACCAGACGCGCCUCAUCAAGGAAGUAUGGCAUCGCUCCAAACCUUGGACAGCCGUGAUGGAAGUCAUGGAUACCCAAUUGGAAACUUUUGACGACCUUGCAGGGCUUGGUGAUACUGAUCUUGGCAUGGCUGACAAUGAGGACAACAUCACGCACGCGAUCAAUCCGAACGAGAGGUUGGGGCCGUGCAGCCCCUUUGACCCUUUCGACCCGAAGGUGGCCCACAUCCCCAACGAGCACUUGGGCGACAGGGUUUCGAUGCACGUUCAGCUCCUUGUGAACGCCUUCGCGUGCAACAUGACCUUGAAGGACGACAUCUACAAGGACUCCACCGUCGUGUUUGCACAGGUUGUCUGCGAUGAAUUGUCCAACGAGCUGCAGUUGGCCAUGGUCCCUCCAUGUUUCAUGUCGGUCGGCAGGGAGUUACUUACCCCGCUCAAGCAAGUCAUAUUCCUAGAGGGCUUGGCUAAAGGGACCGCUGGAGAUACUUACGAGGAGCGCUACGCCGAGUUCGCGAAGUUCCAGAAGGAUGUGUCUGAGAAGGUGCCGUCUUGGGGCAUCAUGGGGUACGUGAAAUCUUCCCUGGAGACCUCUUUUUACUGGGCUAAGCUGGUGUCAUCCGCAAAAGAGAAGCAUGACAACACCUUGAGCACGCUGAAAGCCGUUCAGCCACACGUGGACACCAUCAACGAAUUCUUGUGUCUCGGGGGCCGCACGGAGGACGUGAUCGUGAAUCUUGCGCCCCUGGAUUCGUUUGAGACAGCCGCUGAUAAUUACCACAAGUGGCGCACUGUGGACAAGGCGAACACAUCGCAGAUUCUAGCCACUCUCGCCAAUAUGUUCAGUAAAGGCCUCUUGAAGUUCAGCGAUGCCGUUGGCAAGAAACUGAAGAAGGGCGAUAAGGUUGGAGGGUCCGUCGACACGGCUAUCUCACUACUGAGCAGAAGCUUGAAAGUUUUCCCCGAAGAGUCGGUAUUUCGCGUGGAGUUGGCCACCCUCGAGCAGUACAAUCAGGAGUUCUCAAGCGCGCAGCGGAGCCAGCGACUCGAGCAGGUUGCAUCGGACAUCAUCAAGAACUUCGUGAAGAAUGUGCCGCACUCAGAGAGCGCAGCGAAGGAGAUCCCCUCGAAGCUAAAUUCCCUCGAAGGCGAGAUCUACACUGUCGAGUCCAGGGGUGUGUACUACCAGGCGUUACAACAUCUGGCGGUGUGGACGUUCACAAGCGUGGCCAACAUUCACGAAGAGAACCCGCCCGACUUCACCACGAUUCUCGCGAUCUUCAAGCUUUCGGCUGGUGUCGUGCGCAACGGCAUCGAUGGGCAAGAGGGCUUGCGCGACGACGUCCUCAAGCUGGGCGGGUUCUUCCAGGACUCCAGUCGGAUGGGCGACUACUUGCGGCGCUUCAUCGGCCUCGGGGACACCAGCGCUCAGCGAGCCAAGAAGGACGAGGGGCAGAACUACGACGCAACCGCGAGCCUGAGAUCCUUGUGGAGGUCGGUGACGGGCGCGUUCGCCAGGGUGAAGGCGAUGAGCGGGUUCGAGGAUCACCAGGUGAUCAUGGACAAGUACUCCGAGGUGUUGUUCGAAGGUGUGGGCGCGAACCUGACGGACGUGACCUUGGAGAUCAUGCAGAUCGAGGCUGAGAAGCUCGAGGAGCUGCAGGCCAGGGUCAAGCAGGGCGCGGGUGGCUGCGCGGACGGGACCCUGUGGCACGACGCGCCAGGCGUCGGGGAGGCAGACGCGCUCGAGAAGCUCGUGGAGAUGGACGCGAUGUCGGGCUUCAAGGCGAAGGAGCAGAAGGAGCUGAGGGAG